AUGGCCGACCUCGACCCCAGACUGGGAAAAGUGGCUGUCGAGGAUGGAGCACUUCUUGGCCAGCAAUGGAAGGCCAAGGGGAUCUACCACUUGAUCAAGCUCUUUGACCGGCCGAUUGUCACGGAUCGGUCGUUGUUGGCCACGACACUCAGUUUCUGGUCCUCGACCACAAAUACAAUGAAUCUACGGUUCGACAUAAUGACGCCGAUCGUGCUUGACAUGGCCGCUCUAUUCGGCCUUUCUCCUCUUGGCGUGGAGGUGAAUGUUGCGCUGGUUGCUCCUGAGGCCGUAGGGAGUUUCAAAGCCGCGUGGCCCACGCUCACGAGACUGGCCGGGAGCAAGGCGAAGAACAUGCUUAACUACUCUAGCUUAUACAAUAACUUCGGUAUAUAG